UCCCCUUUGCAAUGAUGAUUUUCUUACUACUAUACUUGCACAUACAGACCAUCCAUGGGCAGAACAAACUGAUCCUCAGCGGUGGCUCCAACGCAUGUGAAGGCCGAGUGGAUGUCUACCAUCAGGGCAAAUGGGGCCAUGUUGGACCCAUCAACUGGCACAUCGAAAACAGUAAUGUUGUGUGCAGAAGCCUGAAUUGUGGCACUGCCCUCGAAACUACGUUUGGGUUCAAGGAUGACCACCAUUUAACACAACAGGUUUGGGCAGAUGAUAUUAAGUGUGAAGGGACUGAGAAACACCUCUGGGACUGCCCGUCUCCAACAUGGGGUAUUGUAAAGUCCAGCCACCUGCAGCAUGUUUAUAUCAAAUGCUCUGACAAACCUGAACCCAGCCUGGUACUGAAGGGAAGAACGGGAUGUGCUGGAUUUGUGCGACUCAAUACAACAAAAGACAAUCACGUUUAUCUGUGCUCAGGUGAUUGGGAGAAACAUCAAGACCACGCAGAACAGCUGUGUAAAACGCUGUCCUGUGGACGAGCCACACAGAGUCCAGUGUCCCAUGGAUUCAAAGAAACUGGCAAAAUUCAACCCUACACUUGCCUUAGGAAUGAUCUCUCUCUCUGGCAGUGUGUGGACUGGACUUCUGCCCGUUGUGUUACACCUGCUAGUGUAACCUGCUCAAAGCAUUUGUUCUUCCGUCUAAAGGGAAAUGCAAAAGUCAAUCUGUGCUCAGGUAGCCUGGAAGUAUAUAAGGAUACUACCUGGCAGACUGUGAGCUCGAAGGACUAUCGCAACAUCUCGCAACAUUGGAGCCCCAAUGACAUAUGUAACCAGGUGAAUUGUCGAGACAGCUUGACAGAACCAAAUGAAACAUCCUCAAAUGUCUAUCUCAACUGCUCAGAGCAAGUCAGCAUAUCAUUGAAAGAUGCAGGACAGCAAAGCCAUUGUUAUGGGGUUGUCUACUUGAAAAAGACGAAAAGUGAAGAGGCAGUGUGUGUCAACAGUGAAAUGAUUGGUCGUUUGGUGUGUCGGGAGCUGGGCUGUGGUGAUUUCAUGUUUACCAGCAACAAAGGCAUUUUCCAGCCAGCACAAUGGACGGGCAUGUCCUGCGAAAACCAUGCAGAGUCCCUGUGGCACUGCCAGAGUGACAACUGUAAUAAAAAAAACACAGCCAUUAUUUGCUCAGAAAGCAUUGAUGUGCGCCUCAGUAAUGGUCUGGAUAAGUGUUCUGGAAGAGUGGAGAUCUACUACAAGGGCGCAUGGAAGAGAGUGCGCGCAAAUGACUGGAAACGUGUGCACUCUGACAUAGUUUGCUCCCAUUUACAAUGUGGGAAGGGCUACAGGGAGGGGCAUGAUCUUUUUGUUGAUGGGGACGCACUGGACACACUGGAACUGUCACUGAAGGCCCAAUGUCAGUCCGACGACCCCAUUCAUAAAUGUCUGGAGGAAAAUGGCAGGUCUAAUUCUCAAGAUAAUUUCAUAAAGGUUGUCUGCCAAGAUAGCCAGAUGUUCUUUGUGGAAAAGAAAUCCUCUUGCUCAGGAAUGGUUGGAGUGGAGCAGGCAGGGAAGAGUUACUCCCUCUCCGGACAGCCAGGCGUUUGGAAUGACAGCGCCGCGGAACACGUCUGUCAGAAGAUGCAGUGUGGCCACAUGGCCAACUACAGCACAUCCGUUAACCACACGGCCAGUGACUGGAUGCAGCUUGACUGCCCAGUGUCCAGUGACAAUUGCACGCUUCGACGAGCCAGCUCAAUCACCACUGAGGCUGCUGAAGUGACAUGCACUGAUGAGGUGACCCUGAAAUUAACAAACGACAACAAGGAUUUGGAGAAGAGCAAGCGUCGGUGCUGGGGUGAGGUCAACGUGUGCCACGGAGAUGCUUGCCAUGGGGUCUGCGGGGAUGUGUGGAGCGAAAAGCACUCCGAGAUGCUGUGCCAGGACCUGGGCUGUGGAAGACCUGUCACCAACCUCGAACACAAGUCCCCGAAUACCCUCAAAGCGACCGUCAGCAGUGUGCACUGCCCGUCCAAAGUGUCCGACUUGAGCCGCUGCAGAUUUGUAAUGAACGCGACCUGUAAGGUGUCUACUAUCUAUGUUGUCUGCUCAGGUAGCCUCAAGUCCAAGCUGAGUGAUCCUCGGGAUAAGUGCGGAGGCAAAAUGGAGGCCUUUCUAGCAGGGUCCUGGCAGCCUGUAUGUGGUGAUGUUAAUGUUAUGAAAACAAUCUGCACAGAAACGGGCUGUGGAGGAGUAAUAACUCCUACAGCAGCAGACAGAAUGACCAACUCGAAGGCCAAAGUGAUCAAAUGUGACCAGGCUUUCCAGUCCCUAGUGAACUGCACAGUAACGAAAGAACCCUGUGACAAACAGCGCAUCCCCAGAGUCAGAUGCUCAGGCUGGAGUCGUCCGGUGGUGGUGGGGAAGAGUGCGUGCAGCGGUGGCGUGUUCGUCAAGACGGAAGCCCCCGAGCGCCUCCAUGCCAUGAGCUCAACCGGCUGGGGCGACAGGGAAUCAAGAGCACUGUGCAAGAGUCUGGACUGCGGGGACCUGGUGACAAACAGCAGCGGGCCCACCGUCAGUUUCGAGAACUGGUGGAACAAAACCUACAACUGCAACGAUGGAGACCAGAGCAUUUGGAACUGCGAGGAAAAACACCUACCAGUUGAAAAGCAACAGUUGAACAUCAGUUGCCAGGAACAUCGGUUCAUAAAUCUGACUGAUUUAUGUUAUGGAGAGGUGAUCAUCAGUGGUAAAAGUCGUGAGAGGGUCUGCAAAACCGGGUGGACCGAGUUCAUGUCCAGAAUUUUAUGUCAACACCUGGAAUGUGGCAACCCUGUAGACACUGAUUAUGCAGCUUCUCCAUUGACUGGUGAGGCGCAUCAUUUCAGUUGCACUGGUGCUGAAAUAAACCCCCUGCAGUGUAAAUCAGAAAAAGGCCAAUGUGAUAGUGGACCAGCUUCUGUGGUCUGUUCAAAGAGCUUGAACUUUAAUCUGACGGACCAGUGCGGAGGGGAGAUCCAAGUGCUCUACGGUGGUGAAUUGAAGCCUGCAUGCCUCAAGAAAGGAAAUACGCCCAGUCUUCUAUGCAACCAGGUCAAAGGAUGCGGGAACGUCAACAGCAGCAAGAAAAGCUUGCCCAGACGUGGCCAGAGAAAAGAUCAUCUUCCAUUCUCGUGUGAUUUGGACAAAGACCUAGAGUACUGUAUGAGACUCUCCUCUUGUGAGAAGGAUGACUUAACUGAGUUAUACUGUGAUGGUUUCAAAGAGAUAACCCCUCCUCCUGAACUCCCCAUCAAUUUCAUUGUGGGAGUUUCUGUUGGACUGCCACUGCUGGUGAUAGCGAUCGCACUGGUACUGUGGCAAAGAAGACAUAUUCUGUAUAGGCUGCGUGGGAGACGGGCCUUUUCCCAGACCAGAUCAACUCUUGCAAGUGAUAACUUUGAGGAUAUAGAGCUCAAUGUGAAAGAAGAGAGAGAUAUUGGACUGAAGAGUCAAGCAAAUGGACAGGGGAAAGGUCUGGAUAGCCAAGCCUCCUCCGAGUAUGAUGACGUUGAUGAGGAAGCAGACGCUGGAUUUAACAGUGCAGAUGAAGCCCCCCCUCUUCCAGACAGACCAGCCCUUGGUGGAGAACUGGACGAUGGUGAUGAUUAUACAGAUGGCUACGACGACGUGGACCAACUACCACUGGAAGAGGAAGAAGACCCAGAGGAGCCGGGCGUGCCGCCCCAGCCUGAGGAGAGCUCGGUGCCUGUGCCGUUGGAUGAGGAGGACUACGUCCAGCCAGAUGACGACAAGUGAGGAAAGCGGAGUGGAGUGGAGGUGACCUUUUACUGUCUCAGAAAAUGUAAACAUUGUGGGUGAGAUUGAGCUCAUGGCAGGUUAAAUGUUGUGUGUCUGCACCCCCUGCCCCCAUGUUCAUCUACUCUAAAACAACAAAAUAGUCUUUCUCCUUUCUCCUAAAAAUACAAAUUGGUACACACAAACACAAUAGCAUUGCUUAUUUUUUUAUUUGUUUUCCUCCCAAAUGAAUCAGAAAGAGCUUGAUGCAUGUAAAAGUUAGAAUAUAUAUACAACCCCAAAACAGAAAAAGUUAGGACGUUGUGUAAAAUGUAAAUAAAAACAG